UCACCACAGCAGCAGGCCUUUAAACCCCCGGUCCAGCCAGCGCCCCGUCCUGUCUGCCCAAGUCCAGGCAGAGCUGUGCUUCCUGCAAGCCCUCGGAGCCCUCCCUGCCCAGACAUGGCCAACAAGGGACCGUCCUACGGCAUGAGCCGUGAAGUGCAGUCGAAGAUCGAGAAGAAGUACGACGAGGAGCUGGAGGAGCGGCUGGUGGAGUGGAUCGUGGUGCAGUGUGGCCCCGACGUGGGCCGCCCAGACCGCGGCCGCCUGGGCUUCCAGGUCUGGCUGAAGAAUGGUGUGAUUCUGAGCAAGCUGGUGAACAGCCUGUACCCUGACGGCUCCAAGCCAGUGAAGGUGCCCGAGAACCCGCCCUCCAUGGUCUUCAAGCAGAUGGAGCAGGUGGCACAGUUCCUGAAGGCAGCCGAGAGCUACGGGGUCACCAAGACGGACAUGUUCCAGACUGUUGACCUCUUUGAAGGCAAAGACAUGGCGGCGGUGCAGAGGACCCUGAUGGCCCUGGGCAGCUUGGCAGUGACCAAGAACGACGGACACUACCGUGGAGAUCCCAACUGGUUUAUGAAGAAAGCCCAGGAGCAUAAGAGGGAAUUCACGGAGAGCCAGCUGCAGGAGGGGAAGCACGUCAUCGGCCUGCAGAUGGGCAGCAACAGAGGGGCCUCCCAGGCCGGCAUGACGGGCUACGGGCGGCCUCGGCAGAUCAUCAGCUAGAGGGCCAGGGCCAGCCCCAGCCCGGCCUCCCCGCUCCCGGCUGCAGCCACCCCUCAGCCAUGGUCCUUUUCAGCCCCAGCCCGGCUUCCCCACU